AUGUUGAUCAAGGUCCGCACCCUCACGGGCAAGGAGAUUGAGCUCGACAUCGACCUCAAGUACAAGGUCUCCGAAAUCAAGGAAAAGGUGGAGGAGAAGGAGGGCAUUCCGCCGGUCCAGCAGCGCCUCAUCUUUGGCGGCAAGCAGAUGGCCGACGACAAGACGGCCGCCGACUAUGCGCUCGAGGGCGGUGCCACGCUGCAUCUGGUGCUGGCCCUGCGCGGCGGCUGGUGGUAG